UUGCGCUGAGCGAUACACAGUCGGCUACUGAAAGACAAAGCCACGGUGCCAAUUUGAAGAUGAAACUCAUCGUGGUGUUGGCGAUUCUCAGCUUCAUCACAUGGAUGAGCUCGGUCCAUGCAAUGCAUGGACCCGUGUCCGGCUGUUGUCUUCUUUUAACCACCACCAGAGUUAAUAUUGACCAAAUUAAGAAUUACACAAUACAGGUUGAAGGUGUCUGUCAUGUCACAGCCAUAAGGUUUCAGACGGAGCGUGGAUUUAGAAUUUGCUCCGACCCCCAGACCCCCUGGGCCAAAAAAGCCAAGUUGAAGGUGGACAAGGAGGCAAAACGGUUGCUUGAGAUUGAGCAGAAUAAACAGGCAUCCACAAGUGACUUUGCAUCAACAGUCCCCAGUACAACAAAGAAAGCCACGGUGAAGGUGGACGAGGAGGCGAAAGGGUUGCCUGACAUGGAACAGGAUACACAGGCAUCCACAAGUGACUUCGCAUCAACAGUCCCCACUACAACAAAAAAAUCCACGGGGAAGGUGGAUGAGGAGGCGAAAGGGUUGCCUGACAUGGAACAGGAUACAUCCACAAGUGACCUCGCAUCAACAGUCCCCACUACAACAAAAAAAGCCACGGUGAAGGUGGUUGAGGAGGCAAAAGGGUUGCUAGAGAUGGAACAGAAUACUCAGGCAUCCACCUCUGACCCCCAGAGCGAUUGGGCAAAAACAGCCACAGUGAAGGUGGACGAGGAGGCAAAAGGGUUGCUUGAGAUGGAGCAGAAUACACAGGCAUCCACAAGUGACUUCCCAUCAACAGUCCCCAGUACAACAAAGAAAGCACCAGUGAAGAAAGGCAGGAAAGCCAGGAGGCGGAGGCGGAGGCGGCGGCUUAGGAGCAGAUGUUUGAGGAAGGGGAAAUGUUUCUGAUGGCGUCUUUCAAACCUGCUAUGUAACAUUAACAGCAAAGAAAACUGAAAUGUAUUAUUAUCAAGAUUAAACAUCCAGAAUAUAUAUAGCUGUGAUGUCAGGACUCUGGUCUCUAGUUUUAUUCCAGAUGCCAACCCCACACCAUUUUUACUGUAUUUCCCAGGUGUGUGGAUUAAUAAAGUUUUAUCUUAUCCUAUGUUAAGUUUGUGUUGACCGUACCUUAUGUAAACCUGUGCGUAUGCCCGUCAAAGUAUUUUGCACUGUCACUUCCCAAUAAAGUCUU